AUACGUGGAAUGGAGUUUGGGGAGAAAGGGAGCUCAGACGGAGGAGGAGACCCAUACGGGACAGUGGGGACUGCUUUCACUCUGUCUCCCCUCAUUGGGAUAAAAGCCAUCCUUUGAUCUCUCCCACAAUGGGAGUUUGACCCCCCUGGGGCUCCCACCAGCCCCCAAAGGGGAGGCCACCAUUUUCCAGGUCAGGCCUCUGGGGCAGAUGGUAUGGGCAACAGAUGGCCAGGGGAAAGCCUGAGAACCAAAUUCCUCUCUCGAGGUGAAAGGAUGUUCAGCUGGAUUGAGAGAGUGCUGCCUCAGCCGCCGGGCACCCCCCAGAAGAUUGGGGCAGAAGAGGGGGCAAAAUUGGAGCCGGAACCAGCGCCGGCAGAACCAGAGGUGAAGGAGGACCGGCCUGCGAUGAAGGAGGAGCCAGAGCAGGCUCCCAAGGAACCAUCCGGAUGUACAGAGAUGCCUCCCCACUGCCAGAACCCAGAGGUCCCCCAGGAGACUGUGGAGUUGCUGCCCACAUCUGACUCAGCCCAAGCUCUUCUGGCUCGUGGGAACAGUGCCAGCGGAUGGGUCCUGACCUUAAUGACAAAGGGGCUCCAGAGAGUGGUCCCACAGCCUCCCCAGGCCCUGAUAGUCCAGAAUUUGGAAAGCAACACUAAUGUUCCUGAGCAGGCUGGAGCACAGACCCUUGGGAAUGAAGAAACAUCAGGCCCAGUCUCUGGGGUCCUGGCCUUUGCUUGA